AUGGUUGACCCCAGCCCUGCCCACAGGAACAAAGCUUCACCUUUGACAGUCCUGGGCCCUGAUGCUGCUCAGGAGGCAGAGCAGGAGCUGCUGGCACGUGUCCAAUCCACACUGGGCUCUCUGGGCCGAGGGUACAGUGUGGCCCUGUUGCUCCAGGGGAGGGAAACAGAGGCACCCCGACUUGUGCCUCAGCUGCUGCAGAUGCUGUUUGAGGAAGCUCUGCCCCUCAGCUGCUCUGAUCCUGUGCUUAGCACUCUUAGCCUGGUGCAGUUCAGCCCCAGUGGAAGGACCCAGGACCUGCUCUCUCCAGGGGUGGAGAACCUGUCGGUGCUGGACGUGUCCCCUCUGGGCUUGGUGGUAGAAGAUGCCACUGAAGUGGAGGUGUCUGACUCAAAAGCUGCCUCAGAGCUGUACUUGCAGGCCACCGCAGGUGAAGGCAGAGACUGCCCCCUGCUGCGGGUGUUGGCUGGUGAAGUUGUUGGUGAGGAGGCGGAGGGCUCUUUGCCCUGGAUUGUCUCAUGGCUCUUGGAAGGAAACAACGACAGUGGCCUGCUUCUUCGCCUGGACCCCCAAGGUAGCUCCCUCAGUUUGCUCCAGGCUGCUCUGUUGGGGGCCUCAGGAAGGAGGAUGCAGGUGAAACAGGUGAGGCCCACCCUGUGGGAUGCAGUAGAAGAGGCUCGGGCCCACCGGGCUGGCCUGAGGCCCCUGCGUUUAGGCCUCCUUGAGGACACCCUGACGGACAGUGGGCUAAGCCAGCUGGGAAGGGCACUGCGGGAGCUAGAGGUGGUAAAAGCGUGGAGCCAGCACCCAAGAAGCCAGAUGCUCCAAGGAGCGCAGAUACCAGAUGUGGCCCGGCCGCUCUUCUUGGCCCAGGCCCGGAGGCAGAGACUGAGGGAGCAGCACCAAAUUUGGAUUCAAGAGAAGCUGAAGCAUUUGGAACAGAAGGAGGAGGUGGCAGAUGACCAGGUCAAAGGCCUGGUGGCUGAAGAGGAGGCCUGCGAGGAGAGGCAGAGAUGGCAGCAGGAACAGAUGGUGCUGAGAUUCCAGCUGGAGGCCCUUCAGGAAGAGCGGGACACAGCAGAGCAGGACCUGGCAGCUCUCUAUGACCUGCAUGUGCAGGCCACCCGAGCUCAGACACACCAUGUGCUGCGGGUAUUCUGAGCCUGGCAGGGCCAGUGGGAGGAGCAGGCCAUGACCACAGAGCAUCAUCACUGCAGCCUGCUGGCGGGCAUCCUGGAAGAAACCAUCAACCUGGCCACACAGAAUCAGGAGCUCCAAGCUGAGAACCAGCAGCUUCAGCAGGGUGCAGACUAGGCUGGGGGUAGUCAUGCUGCCUGUCCUGGGGAGAAACCUUAA